GCCAUUUUUCACACAGGUUAAUAAAUUGAUAACUUUUAUAUCUACAGUUUUACGUCAAUACAUGGUCAGGUGCCCCUUUGUGUGUGUCAUAAGCAUUUUCGUUAGUGAGGUUUCUUCUUUUCUAUAGAAUUUACAGUCAUCGUUUUUGUUGCAGUCGAAGUUCUACCAGAGUAACAACAAUUAAGAACAGUGUUUCCGGUUUUGCUGCAGAAUUGAACCCAUUUGCACAAAGAUAGGAAAUGGCUGUGUCAACUCCAGAGAACAAACUAGUGGUAGCCGCCAUUGACUUUGGUACUACGUUUUCCGGGUACGCAUUUGCCAUGAGGGAUGACUUGGACAGAGACCCACCAAAGACAUUCGCUCCCCAUUGGAACGCCCCAGAUGGUGGACUAAUUUCAUUCAAGACCCCAACCACAGUCCUGCUGAACAAGGAGGAAAAACUGGAAGAGUUUGGUUUUGAUGCUGAGAGUAGAUAUGCAGAACUGGCAGAGGAAGGGGAACAUGAAGAUUAUUUCUACUUCCGCAGAUUUAAAAUGAUGCUCUACGACAAAGUCAGAAAAGGCAAAUUGACUAUAGAUGCCAAAGUACAAGACAUAAGGGGCAGGGAAUUGCCAGCUGUGAAGGUAUUCUCCCAUGCUAUCAAAUUCCUAAAAAAUCACUUGGAGGAUUCUUUGAAAAACAGAGGAUCAAUAGUAAAAAAGGAGGACAUAGAUUGGGUGCUGACCGUUCCUGCAAUCUGGGAUGAUCCCGCGAAGUUCUUCAUGCGGAAGGCAGCACAGGAGGCAGGCAUUCCCGCCCAUCAGCUGACGAUUGCUUUGGAACCAGAGGCAGCUUCAAUUUACUGCAAACAUCUUCCUGUUGAGAAACUCGAAGGCGCUAACAAAAUCAGUGUUUUUCGACCUGGCAACAAAUAUCUGGUACUGGAUGCUGGAGGUGGAACAGUGGAUAUAACUGUUCAUGAAGUCAAGGAAAGUGGAAAUCUGAAAGAGCUGGAUCAAGCGAGUGGUGGAGACUGGGGUGGAGUAAGCGUGGAUAUGGCCUUCAAGGAUGCGCUGAUGGAGAUUGUAACCGAAGGAAUGAUGGAGGGAUACUGUCAUAAAUUUACCGCUGACUACAUAGCUAUGUUCAGGGACUUUGAGAUCAAAAAACGGAAACGCAACGCCGGGGAUGCCCCAGAUUCCAAAAUAAUUUUAAAGAUCCCAGCUACUUUUAUAGAGGAAUGCUCAGAAACCUUAGAAGAGGACUUCACCACUCUUACCAACAAAUCCAGGUUUCGAAAUCACCUGUAUUGGGGAGCAGACAAAGUCCGAAUAGAUCUGCCCACGUUUGAUAGCUUUUUCCAGCCCGCUUGUGAUGGAAUCAUAAAACACGUGAGAGAGCUGUUUCAGUCACCAAAAGUGAGAGGGGUGAAGAAAAUAUUGAUGGUGGGUGGAUUUUCUGAGUCGUUUAUUUUACAAGAGGCAGUCCGCAAAGCUUUUCCCGAAUGUCAGGUGAUUGUUCCUCAGGAGGCAGGGUUGGCGAUCCUUCGAGGUGCUGUUCUUUUCGGGGACAACCCCAAGGUAAUAGAUUCUCGUAUUGCAAAAUACACGUACGGUGUCAAAAUGAAUGUAAAAUUUGAUGAGAAGAAACACAUGCAAUCUAAGAAACACUUUGUCGACGAGGUGGCUUAUUGUUCAGACAUAUUUAGUCGUCAUGUUCAAAAAGGCGAUGAGUUGAUUGUGGAUGAAGCUCAAGCUGAGCGAUCUUAUUCUCCGAUGACCUCCUAUCAGAACAAAGUAACAUUUGGAAUUUAUACAUCAAGAGAGGAUAACCCGUUUUACACUGAUUACUGCGAAAACAUUGGCAGAUUCGUGGUGGAAGUACCACUAGGCAUUGACGAUCGCUCGAUUAAAACAAGAAUGAUUUUUGGUGGGACUGAGGUCAAGGUCGAGGCCAAGGUGGUUCACACAGGGAAAAUAACACCAGCUGAAUUUGAACUUCCGGAAGAUGAAAAGAUCGGAGCGUCAUGGACUCAGUAGAAUUGAUUGGCCUAUAUUGUAACAUAAGAAAAGCUGUGUAGUAUUUACCUAUAAUGUGCCUCGACUGUAGAGAGAAACACAGGCAGACAGUACCUAUAACAAUGAUUGAUUAGAUGUUGGAAAAUGUCUUAAAAGUUUUCGUGAUGGAUUUUUUUAAAUUUCAACAUUUUGAUGCGUUUUCUAUUGAUGGUGUAUUUUUAUAAGAUUUUUAAAAAAUAUAUAUUCUGUAGAUAGUGUUAUUGACUGUAUUUAACAAAUUACGCCAUUAUAUUAUUACAUUAUAUUUACAUUUCUAA